AAUCCGCGGUCUCGGACCGGUUUCAGGGCAAAGCUGCCAUGCGUUCCGGGGGCCGCGGGCGGCCCCGGCUGCGGCCCGGGGAACAUGGCCUCACGGAGGCGCCCUCACCACCCAGGCGUCGCCUGCUACCGCGGGUCCCCCUCUUGCCCCUGUUGUUGCUGGCGCUGGCCGUGGGCUCAGCGUUUUACACUAUCUGGAGCGGCUGGCACCGCAGGACUGAGGAGCUCCGGCUGGGCAGGGAGCUGCGGGUCCCAUUAGUUGGAAGCCUCCCCGAAUCCCAGCUGCGACGAGUGGUGGGACAACUGGACCCGCAGCGACUCUGGGGCACUUAUCUGCGCCCCCUCCUGAUUGUGCGAACCCCAGGCACUCCCGGCAAUCUCCAAGUCAGAAAGUUCCUGGAGGCCACGCUGCGGGCCCUGACAGCAGGCUGGCAUGUGGAGCUGGAUCCCUUCACAGCCUCGACACCCCUGGGCCCGUUGGACUUUGGCAACGUGGUGGCCACACUGGACCCAGGUGCUGCCCGUCACCUUACACUCGCCUGUCAUUACGACUCGAAGCUCUUCCCACCCGGGUCGGCCCCCUUUGUGGGUGCCACAGAUUCAGCUGUGCCCUGUGCUCUGCUACUGGAACUGGCCCAGGCCCUUGACCUGGAGCUGAGCAGGGCCAAGAAGCAGGCAGCUCCAGUGACCCUGCAACUGCUCUUCUUGGACGGCGAGGAGGCACUGAAGGAGUGGGGACCCAAGGACUCCCUUUAUGGCUCCCGGCACCUGGCCCAGCUCAUGGAAUCCAUGCCUCACAGUCCCGGCCCCACCAGGAUACAGGCUAUUGAGCUCUUUAUGCUUCUUGAUCUCCUGGGAGCCCCCAAUCCGACUUUUUACAGUCACUUCCCCCGGACAGUCCGCUGGUUCCAGCGGCUCAGGAGCAUCGAGAGACGACUGCAUCGUUUGAACCUGCUGCAAUCUCAUCCCCAGGAGGUGAUGUACUUCCAACCUGGGGAGCCCCCUGGCUCUGUGGAAGAUGAUCACAUUCCCUUCCUCCGUAGAGGGGUCCCUGUGCUCCAUCUCAUCUCCACACCCUUUCCUACUGUCUGGCACACACCUGAGGACACUGAGGCCAAUCUCCACCCGCCCACAGUACACAACCUCAGCCGUAUCCUCGCUGUGUUCCUGGCUGAGUAUCUGGGGCUCUAGGCUGCUGGUCUGAUGUCCAAGGGGACGUUACUCUGAGGGAGAAGUGCCCAGCAGGGGACAUGCCAAGAGCACCUGCAGCCAGGGAAUGCAGGCUGGUUUACCUGUGGUGUGGUGGCUUGUCUUUGCACACCUUCAGCUCCUACCUGUGCUACAAUUGAAGACUCUUUCCUUUGACUCUCUCAAGAGACCACAGUGGGGUGAGAUUCAAAGGAGUAAGAACUUGGCACUUGCCUUAUGGUUGACACUUGGGCUGAAGGUUUACAGGAGCCAAAUGCUAUUCUUUUGGUCACUGAAUCAUGGACUGGUGUCCAGAGCAGCAACACCAUUCAACGGAGUGAAUUCUCUGUGGCUUAUGUUUUUUUGUGUUAGUUCAUUCUACAGAACAGCAGCCUUGCUACUGUACCAGUCCAAACCUAACUCCCACAUGGGGCCCAUAGAAGACGUGUUCACAGAAAUGGAGGAGAUGGAAGCCAAUACUUAGGAAUCCCAGAUUCUGCCAGACCCAAUGGGCAAUAAACCAGUGUUUCUGCAAAA